GCCGAAGGAGUAGAAGAGAGGAAGACUAUAACGAGCGCAGGAAUAGGAAUAGACGUGGCAGUCCCAGAUAUGGAAACACUAGAGCUCUUGUACCUCCAAAAUUCGAGGGUGAACCGGGAAGCACACGCUGGAUAGAGAGCCGUGCAGAAUACAGGAAAAACGUCAAAUUUAGCAUAUGGCCACCAUCACCACCUGGUCCAACUUUUGCGUCCUUGUCACCACCAUCGAGAGACACACAGAAGAGGCGACACAAAUCUGGAUACGAGAGAAGACAUAAGCAUCGACGGAAGCAUGACGAUGAGCAACGUAGGCACGAACGUGAAAACGAGAAGACGAGUGAUACGGCUCUGUCGACAAACGAAUACGCUAACUACGAUGAGGAUAUUGGCCCAGCACCACUCCCGGAAGAUCUCAUAAAGUUACGCGAGAGGGAUUAUGGCAGUGAUAUGCUUCGUGGUGAAGGAUCUGCAAUGGCACAGUACGUACAGGAGGGUGAACGUAUACCACGCCGUGGUGAAAUAGGGCUUGAGAGUAAUGAUAUAGACAAAUUCGAGCAGGCUGGCUAUGUCAUGUCUGGGAACAGACAUAAGAAGAUGAACGAAGUUCGUGUUCGUAAAGAGAACCAAGUUUAUUCCGCGGAAGAGAAACGCAAGAUGCUCAAACAGUCUGCUGAAGAGAGACUAAAGAAGGAGAAUGAAAUAGUGGCAUCUUUUAGGGAACUCGUCAGUGAGAAACUGAGUGACUCUAAAGAGAAGAAAUAAUGUACUUUAGCUGUAAACUAUCAUUGUAAUAUAUGUGUGACUUUGUGACUCCAAAAAGACGAUUAUGAGUGUGUCAAAGGAGAAGAGAUAUACCUAUAGUAUAUCCAUGAUAGAUCUCUAAAUAAAUUGUAUAAAUCUCCACUAAAUUACGUCCAUCUCCCAACAACCCAUCUUCUUCAGUUACGUCCACGAAGAAAUCUAAAUGUCGGGACGAGAUGAAGGGUUAAGCACGUCUCUUGGGCCACAGAGACGGGCAUCACGAAACACCCCAUCGAAACCGUAUGAGAGGCCAGCAGUGCAAGCAACACCGACGAGACAGCCAUCGACAGCCGGAUUGAUGAACAGCGUGAGAUCUCUAGUAGCCAAGCCAUUCUCUUGGUUGACUGGCAGCAAAAAUACACCACAGGACGAGGAGAACGCCCAACCUAUUGACAGUCCAUGGAAUAAGUCAACUACACAGGCAAGAACUCUUCAGCCACCACCGAGAGCCCAGCAGAGACCACACACGUUCUACAACGAUCUCCCGUCGUCGUUCGUGAAGUCGAAUCACCUGACGAUACCCGGAAGCAACAACAGAGAGUCUCAAACACUCUCAGCCAGUUAUACACCCCGUCUCGCAAGCUCAUACAAUGGCAGAUCACGUUCCCCAUUCACCCCAGUCAGGCAUCUCAUGCCAGGCUCUCCAACGGCUUCUCCACGUCGUUCUCUUCUCGGAAGCGGGAGAAAUGCCUCUCCUUUGGUACCACGUACAAGGUAUAGAGCGCCAACUAUUGGGAAAAGGUCACCAGCACCUGAUAGCAGCGUGCGGUCGAUUUUGUCAGCUGCAGAAGACGACGAUGGCGAUUUCAAUCCAUAUGCACAUUCAAGGACAGGUGAUAAACGCUCAUCUUUCAUAGAGGCCACCCCAGAUAGACCAUCAAAGAGAAGAGCCACAGAUGCAAAGAAAAUGGUCUAUAAUCGCGAAGCUGAUGAGUUCAUGUCUCUUGAGGAAGCCCAAGCAAGAAAGCACGUCCCACCAGCACCGAAGAACGAAGCCGAAAGGAUUCUUCUUGCAUUAGAGAAAAUGCGGACGCCUUUAACAGAUGCACGCAAGUCAAAUCCAUUAUCAGCCAGAGCGCCUCUUCCAGCUAGCCAACAAUCUCAUAGUCCAUUACCUGCCGUAUCAGUACCAGUUCCAAACCUCACUAAUAGCAAAGCGAAGAAUAAUAAAUUAGCACCAGUUAACAAGAAAACAGAGGCUAUGAUUAGUCCAUAUGCUCGCAGCAAAAGUCGUAGAGAAGAAGAGAGACGUCAACGCGAGCGUGACAUGAAAACUAGUAAGUUGCAAGAGAAACUUCCAAAGGUGCAGCGUCCAAAGAAUAAGAUUGCCGUACCGAGCGAUGAUGAGGAUGAAGAGACUUCUGGUGAAUCUAAGAAGAGUGCUAGUGUCGAUGUUAGUAAAACAUCUUCACAAGCAUCAUCAUCUACUCCUCCAGUUGCUACGACGAGCGCAGCCAAGUUGUUUGCUCCAAUCUCAAAGGACGAAUUCAAACCUGGCGAGAGAGGUCAAAGCGCAACUGAAAGAGCAAGGUCUUCACUUAGAGCGCGUACAAUGACGAGCAGCAGACAGCACUCGUCUGCAGCUCGCAAGCCUGGACGUGCUGAAGAGAGUGGAGAAGUCGAUGAAGAGGAGGAAGAGCGCAAGCGUCAAGAGGAAAGAGAAGCACUCAAGAGUGUUCCAGUCGUUAAUUUCAACUUUGGCAACCAAGCUACUCAAACAGAAGCACCUAAACUUAAUUUCAAGCUUCCUGAUGAGAAGAAAGACGAAGAACAAAAGCCAUCAACACCGAAACCGGCGGCGUUCUCGUUCGGUGAGUCGACAACACCAAAAGUACCACCUCCAUCAAGCAACUUGUUCGCUGGAUUGAACAAAGACAAUGAGAAAAAGCUUGAAGAGAGCAAGCCAGCAGCUCCUGCAACUUUGUCAUUCUCAUUCGGUGCUCCAAAGGCAGAAAAGAGCGAAAAGGAGAAAGACGAAGAAGAAAAAUCUAAAAAGGCAGCUGCAGAGAAACCAAAUCCAUUUGCACUCUUCGAAGCUAACAAAAAGACCCCAAGUGAAAAAGAUAGCAGUGAUAGCGAUAAAGCAGCACCCUCAUUCUCAUUCAACAAACCAGCCGAAACACCUAAGCCUGCGUUUUCAUUUGGUGGUGCUCCAGAGAAGAAAGAGGAAGAGCCAAAGAAGGAAGACAAACCAGCGGCUGCAACUACACCUUCAUUCGGUGGAUUCUCUUUCUCAAAACCAGCUGAGGAAGAGCCAAAGAAAGCUCCAACAUUUGGAUUCGGUGGUGUGUCUAAACCAGUAGAAGAAAAGAAGGAUGUACCACCUCAGCCGUCACUUUUCGAUCGACUGGGUGGUAAACCUGAGGAACCGAAAACACAACCGUCAUUGUUUGGCAAACCAGCUGAAACACCAAAAAAAGAUACCGAGGCUCCAAAACCAGCAUUUGGUGGUUUUGGCGGUGCAUUUGGGUCUAAACCUGACGAAGACAAGUCGAAAGCGACAUCACCAUUCUCAUUUGGUGGUACACCUUUCGGUGCAUCGAAGCCUGAAGAUAAGCCAGCUGAAGGUGAGAAGAAGGAAGACGAGAAGGCACCAACAGCCGGUGGUUUUUCAUUCGGUAAACCAGAUGAACAGAAGUCUACAAUUGGGUCAAGUGGUUCUGGAUUUACUUUCGGCGCUCCAAAACCAGUAGAGAAUGGUACAUCUCCGUUUGCAUUUGGACAAGCAAAGCCAGUGGAAGAGAAGAAAGAAACGCCAGCAUUCGGACAGCCAGCCAAAGCAGCUGAUGAAAAACCAGCUUUCUCUUUUGGUGCGGCUCCAGCAGGUGAUGCAAAUGCUGAGAAACCAAAGGUUAGUUCACCGUUUACAUUCGGAACUCCUACUGCUCCUAGCGGUGCAGCUGAAGCUCCAAAGCCAGCAUUUGGUCAACCACCAAGUGAACCAACGAAGCCUUCAUUCGGAUUCGGUACCCCUGCAGCAACUUCAACAGGUGAGACCUCCAAACCACCAUUCGCAUUCGGUGGAUCACAAUCGACAUUGUUUGGUGGUGCGUCAGCGGCAGCAUCCCCAUCCACUGACAAUAAGCCUGGUUUCUCAUUUGGUGCCCCAUCAGCCGGUGCAUCUGCUGACAAGACACCAUUUGCAUUUGGGGCCGGUUCUGGUAGUACAUCUGCGCCUGCAGCUGAGUCAAAGCCAAGUACGUUCGCAUUUGGUAGUGCCAAUGCGGGUACUAAUUCGCCAUCUACCUUCCAAUUCGGCAGCGGAGCGGGCGCUACAGGAACUGCUUUCGGUGGUCCUAAACCUGAUCAAGGUGCUGGAGGUGACUCGAUGGAGGAAUCUCCAACGAGACCAGCUGAACCAGCUCCUUUGUUCGGUGCACCAGCUGCUGCGCCAUCGCCUAGUCCAUUCGGCGCAGCACCUGCUUCUUCCGGAUUCACGUUCGGUGCUAGCCAGCCAGCAGCACCAGCGGCACCUGCUGCUCCAUCACCUGCGUUUGGCUUCGGCGGUGGUAAUACAGGUGCUUCAAAUGGUGCACCUUCAUUUGGCGGCUUUGGCGCUGCUCCAACAGCUCCAUCAAGUGCUAACACCACUGCUCCUACUUCCCCAUUCGCAUUUGGUGCACCAAAUCCAAGUGCAGCAGCGCCAAAUCCUUCUACACCUCAACAACAACCUGGAUCACCAAAUCUGUUCAAUAUGGGCUCGGGCUCUCCUGCCCCUGGUACGCCUAAUUCGUCGCGACCUGUUAAGCCACUUCGUCGUACAAGACGCUAAGUUAUUACUCUCAUUUUAUAGAUACAAACGAACAAGCAAAGCAAGACCAAAGGUUAUCUGCAAUUUUAACAGUAUGGUAUAUCUAUUUUUAUCCUU